UGCUUGACUUUCGGCGCUACAAGAUGCACGGUCAUCGAGAAAUUAACUUUGCCCAAUUGCUGCUCAACAGGUGCCUGAGAAAUGCUUGUCUGUGACUUGUCCCGCGUGCAGUGACUCAAACAAUACAGCUUCUCAGCCACAGUCAGUUUCUCUGAGGCUGAACUGGUAGAGUUCAUAAUGGCGGUGAUACCGGCUUCACUUCACUGCCCAUAACUUCAUUCAGAAUUUUCUUCUUGACUCCGAUCAACUCUAAUUAUCAAACUGGAUUCCUCUCGCUGCCAUUUGAUAUCUUCAACGACUCAACAUGGUGGAGGCCGAAAGUGAAGUGGUAAUUGACUGGGGAUAUCUUGAUCCUCUGAUCCAGGAUUAUCUACCUAACGGCACCUCGAUCGAAAGGAUGGACUUUGAAAAAAUCGCCUCUACCGAAGCUCAGAUCGACCACAUGAAGGAGAGACUUAUGUGCGCGCAUCUGAAAGCGUCGAAGAAGUCGAAGAUCGAGUAUCAAUUGGGUGAACUAGAAGCGAAACUUGCGAAACUCAAGGACGGGCACGAAAAGGUUGCCAGGGUUCUGCGACAGAAAGCCAUUUCCCUUAAGGCAAUGCCCAUUGAGCUGCGAGAGGCUAUUUUCGAGCACAUAUACGUGCAAUCCGAACCUAUAGAGGUCUUUUGGUCGAGAAUAGGCAACAAGAUCGUGUACAAGAUGCCGAUGGAUACGGCUCUGUACAUGAGCUCGUUCCAUGUCGGACCCGACCUAGCACACGAAGCAGCGCGGGUGUUUUACAAGAAGAAUACCUUCGCGUUUGUUCGCGUUCGGACAGGCCAUCCGUGUCACUAUGGCGGAGGGUUCUCCUAUUGGAACCAAGACCACAUUGACGGCUGGUUUCAGCAUGACCACUACGGCUCUGGUGUUGCCCCGAAGGAAUUUGUGCGCAGCGUAGAGCUUCGACUGGAUCGCCCCGCUCGUUGUUUCGAGAGCUGCAUCAUUUACGGCUGGACAGUUCCAGAAUAUAUCAGACUCUGCAACCAUUUCGAUUUCGAGACGAUAAGCGGCAGCAUAACCUUAAGUUCGCAGAACGAUCGCGUGCGGAUCAGGUGUUUGCUUCGAUACAAGACCAUCCGACGCAUUUGCUUCACCCUUCCUUGGCCGGAACUUUGGCUCGAUACUUUGGUUCGUACUAUCAAUCCCUGCAUUCACGAGUUGAAAGCCGCGGGCGUGGAAGUCUCGCUCGUGAAACCAGGUUCCUCGCACGGAGUGCCAGAUCGAGAUCUAACCAGCAUCUUCGACACGCCAACAAAAAGCGACUGCGCGCUGUAUUAUCAAUUCACGAAACGAAGUUCUGUCUUCGAAGACGACAAGAAGCGUGACCUCUUUGAAACGUGGAAGGCCAUUGAAGCAGGACGCCAUGCAGUUGAUGAGCGAGGUGGAGAGAUCUUAGAGGCAUAUAGCAUCGAAGCCGAGAAAUUGGGUGUCAUUAGGGUGUGGUUAUCUGAACAUUGCGCGGUACAUGAAUUCCUCAAGAGAGAGGGCGAUGCGUACAAGGCCGUCGACGACAUGAUCAGAGAAUUCAAGAACCUCUCACCAGAGGCCAGAGAUCUGAGACGGAGGUUCUUUCCAGCAAUCAUGAAUCACAUUCAGUAAACAUAUACAAGUAAAACAAGAAAG